AUGGCAACUCAGCUUUUCACAUUAGAUACAUCCCCCACCAUCAUGAGCACUACAAUUGAUAAGCCAUACGUACACGAAGGAGGAAUCAGACCUUACUUUGAACAACAAAUACAGGACACAGAGAUUGAGAUUCAACAAAGAACUCAAAACUUGCGUCGAUUGGAAGCACAACGUAAUAAAUUGAAUAAUAGUGUAAGACAAUUGAAAGAUGAAUUGAGAUUAUUACAGGAACCGGGGUCAUUUGUUGGAGAAGUCAUUAAAGUGAUGGGUACUAAAAAGGUUUUGGUGAAAAUUCAUCCUGAAGGAAAGUACAUUGUGAAUGUCACCAAGGAUAUUGAUAUUAAAAAAUUGACACCAUCAAUAAGGGUUUGUUUGAAAGCAGAUAGCCACGACUUGUACAAGAUCUUGCCAAACAAGGUUGAUCCUUUGGUGUCCUUGAUGAUGGUUGAGAAAGUUCCUGACUCCACAUAUGAUAUGGUUGGUGGGUUAGAUAAACAAAUCAAGGAGAUCAAAGAAGUCAUUGAAUUACCAGUAAAGUAUCCAGAACUAUUCUCAAGUUUGGGUAUAGCACAGCCAAAAGGUGUGAUAUUAUAUGGACCACCAGGUACUGGAAAGACUUUGUUGGCAAGAGCAGUUGCUCACCACACUGAUUGUAAAUUUAUUAGAGUUUCCGGUUCUGAAUUGGUUCAAAAGUACAUUGGUGAAGGUUCAAGAAUGGUUAGGGAGCUUUUUGUAAUGGCAAGGGAACAUGCGCCAUCAAUCAUCUUUAUGGAUGAGAUUGACUCUAUAGGUUCAUCAAGAGUUGAAGGUUCAUCGGGUGGUGAUUCGGAAGUUCAAAGAACAAUGUUGGAAUUAUUGAAUCAAUUGGACGGUUUCGAAAGUUCCAAAGAUAUCAAAAUCAUUAUGGCCACUAACAGAUUAGACAUUUUAGACCCAGCAUUGUUGAGACCAGGAAGAAUUGAUAGAAAGAUUGAAUUUCCAGCACCAACAUUACAAGCAAGAACCGAUAUAUUGAGGAUCCAUUCGAGAUCAAUGAACUUAACAAGAGGAAUCAAUUUAAAGAAAAUAGCUGAAAAGAUGAAUGGUUCUUCUGGUGCUGACGUUAAGGGUGUUUGUACAGAGGCUGGUAUGUACGCAUUGAGAGAAAGAAGAAUCCACGUAACUCAGGAAGAUUUCGAAUUAGCUGUUGCCAAGGUCAUGUCAAAAAAUAAUGAAGAAGGAAUGUCGCUACAAAAACUUUUUAAGUAG